AUGGCUUUCAGCAAUGCAAAAUUCCUUGUCCUUCUAGCCGCUGCAGCCUCCAUGUUGGCAGCUAGCCAGGCGGCCACUGUUGUCGUGGGAGGGUCAGAGCACUGGCGCUAUGUAUUCAAGUAUGAUCCACCAAGCGAGAACAGCCCACCUCACACGGUGUACUUGCUGCCAAACAUGGGGAGUUUCAUAAACUGCGAUUUCAGGAGUGCACAGUUGUUGGCAAAUGUAACACAAGGAAGUGGUGAUGGCUUUGGCUUUGUGCUCACUAAUAAUUGGAGGCCGCUUUAUUUCGCUUGUGGAGAAGAGGAUGGCAAGAACUGCAAGGAGGGGUUGAUGAAGUUCUUCGCGGUACCUUUGCCUCGUCGCUCAUAA